AUGCGGUCAAGGUCUGGCAGCUUCUCGUCUAACCUAUCUCAACAACAGCUACAACAGCAACAGCAUGGGUCUUCGUACUCGUCACAGCCUCCAACACCUACAACUCGCGAAGGAUUUUACAGUGGUGUCGGGUUGAACAUCCACACGACUGGGUAUGGCUCGGGUGGGUAUAACAACAAUAAAACGGGCUACGGAUCUGGUCCCAGCUCUCCGGUCUCGAUGUCACCCUACGCGACAGCCGCACAGGUACCAGGAGGUGGAGGGGCAUCGACACCUACCCCUACAACGCCUCUUCACCCACAGUCGCAUCAACUCCCGGCAUCUAGUCGUCGCAGUGGAGGUGGUGCUGGUAGCGGUGUGGACGAUGGAGGAUAUAGUAGUGGGUACGACUCUUCAUCAGGCAUCUCAACCUCUGUGCCUUAUGUCUUCAACACCAACGGGCUCCAUCGUCCACACCCUCAACACCCCCAGCAACAGCAACAGCAGCACGGUGCAACAUAUCAACAGCAUCAAACAACCACAUCCACGACUCGUCAAUCAACUCAACGAUACUACCCACGUAGUCACAACAGGAACCUUAGCAACGCGUCCGAGACCUCUCUAAACAUCGACACCGGCGCCGAUACUACACUCUACUCCUCCGGACCCGCAUCCCUCUCCAGCGCCAGCUCCUCACGUCGUGGUAGUUUCUCUGAUGCGAAUGGUAUUGGCACCACCAGCAAUGGCACAGGAUACUUUGCACGCCAGAGGACAUACCGCCCCCCGACCGCAGGGGCAGUCUCGGAUGCGGAUGAUGAUCUGGACAUGGACCUUGGUAACAAGAACAGUCCCCGUCGACUCCGCCAGAAGCGCAUGACUAAGAAAUCGGCCAGCAACAGGGGCCUUCUCGGCGCUGUUGGUGGCAUGGGCGGUGGAAAGUCUGGCGGCAGAGGGAUGAGCGGAAUUUUGAACGAUUGGGAUAUGCUGUUGCCGAGUGGCGAUCCCUAUGAGGAUGUAGAUGAGAAUGAGGACGAUGAUGGGAUGAACGAGAAUGAGCGGUGGAAGAAGAAACAGUUGGCUAGACGUGGGUGGGAGAGUAAGCGUGGACAAGGGAUCAUCCUCGGUUUGAUUGUUACUGUCGCGGUCUUUGUUAGGAUCUGGAAGCUCGCUGUCCCUGCCGCCGUCAUGUCUGAGGAACAACACUUGGGAGGAUACAUCCGCGACUAUCUUCAGGGCAACUUUGUAGUCGACGUUCAUCCUCCACUCGGAAAAAUGCUCUUCUCCCUCGUCGCCUACCUACUCGGAUACGAUGGCAAGUUCGACUUUAUGUCCGGAAACAAUGUUCCUUUUAUCGGGAUGCGGAUGUUUGCAGCAGCCUGUGGAGUGGGCCUCAUCCCCAUCUCCUACCUCAUCAUCAAGCGAUCAGGACACUCAACCCAAGCCGCCAUCACCUGCGCCAUCCUCGUCACAUUCGUCACGAUUGGCCUCUGUGUCCUCAAGUACUUGCAAGAGUCCAGGAAGCACCUCUAUCUCAGCACUUCAGGAUUGGGUGACUCUUGGGUCAGUCCACAGUUCCGGAUGACGUUGAAGGGGCACGAUGUUGAACUUGUUAUGGCUGAUAUUGCGUGGCAGUCCAAGAUCCAUAUGCGACAUGCAAACUCAAACGGCGGAUGGGUCCACUCAACCCCUGGCGAAUACGCCCGCGACGGCACCAUCGAUCAAGCGAUUCAGCUGGUGGAAUGGGACGACGAGUUGACAUGCUGGCAAGUCGAACCAUCUGACCUCGCCACAAAAGAACGUCAAUCCCAGAACUAUAUCGAUCGCGCCAAAAACGCCAAGUCCGACAAUCUCCCACCGUUCGAAGGAUACAUCUACGACGGGAACCUUAUCCGCCUAAAACACUGCUAUACAAAAGUCGCCCUCUCGGCCCAUACAGUCGAAUCCAUCGGAUCCAACAAAUCACACAUCCAAGAAGUCCGUGGUAUCCCAUGGACACGCGAACCUUCCCAGGAGACCAUCUGGAGAGUCGAAUUGGUCCCUGAUGGCGCUGUCCCUGGGUUAUGGACACGGACUGCGAAGCAGCCUUUGAAGGCGGGAGAGGUAGUGAAGGAGAGGUGGCAUUCGAUCAAGGGGUUCCGGUUGUGGAAUGAGCAGAGGAGUUGCUAUCUGAUGUCACAUAAGGUGUAUAGGACGACUUAUUCUUCAUACCAGGAGGUUGGGUGUAUCCGGGAUGGGCGGCAGAAGGGAGAUACUAUAUUUGUUGUCGACCGUAACGUCAACCUACAUCUGCCGGCAGCGACUCCAUCGCACUCGUACGAACCCCUGAGCUUCCUCCAAAAGUUCAUCGAGAUCAACAAAGUCAUGUGGUGGACUCGUCAUGACCUCGCGUCUCCUCUCCACUCCAACUCCCACUCCCCCUCUCAUAAAUCCCGCAAAUCUGACGCGUCCCAACCAUGGAGCUGGCUCUUCCUCGGCAGAGGCUUGAACUACUACAGCAGCAAAGAAACCAACAAUUACGUCUACCUCCUCGGCAACCCCGUCGUCUGGUGGGCCGCCUCCUCGAUUGCUGUCCUCUACGUCCUCGGUUGUUUCUGGUCUGUCUUCGGCUUCCUCCGUGGCAAGGCCGCCAAGGAUCAACAGAAUCAACCAAGGGCUAGAUUUGGGCUGACGCCAUUCUACACAAUCGCACCCGGAACUUUCUGUCUUGGCUGGUUCGUCCACUACGCCCCUUACUUCUUCAUCUCCUCCUCUUCCCCAACGACCCUCGGCUCCCAACUCUACCUCCACAACUACCUCCCUUCCCUCUACUUCUCGAUCCUCCUCCUCGUCUCCCGACUCGACCGCACCUGGCAAUCCUGGUCCUCCCGUAAACUGCGCUACACCACCGGCCUCAUCCUCGUCAUUCUUGUCAUCCUAUCCUGGUACAGUCUUUCUCCCCUCGCCUACGGGACCGACUUCUCGUCUCGCCAGGCUUGUGAGCAGGCGAGAUCAGUCGGUGGAUGGGAAUUUGUGUGUAGACGACAGAAUCUUCCGUUGGCUAGGCCGCAGGAUGCGAUUGCAAAGAUUGUUGUGGAACGAAGGAUGGAUCAUGAGGAGCACGAGGAACAGGAGGAGGCAGAGAAUAGUCAGCUCUAUUACCAGACCCCGCCUGUCACCGAUUCGGCUGGUGCUGAGUACCACGAUCAUGGGCAUGACCACGACCAUGCAGGACACGAUCACGACGGCGAAGGAGGAGAAGGGGAAGAGCACGACCAUGAAGGACCCUUCAACGAAGACGAACGAGAACACUACGACCACGAACACUUCCACCACCCUAGCGGACACCAACACCCCGACGACCAUGGACACUACCACCACCGCUACCACGAUGACCAUCCUCACCAGGACACUCCUCCCUCCUCACUAUCCUCGCCAGACGCCCAAGCGGAAGCUGACAAGAAGCUGUCGGCAAAACAGGGACGCAUGGACAAGAUGUUUGCGGCAGCCGCCCAGAACGCCAACAACGCCCUCCUCCAACGGGAGAAAUUGGUCGCUGAGAAGUUGGCACUUCAAGACCGACAACGGGAACUGGAUGAGCAGUUGAGGGUUCAGGAGGAGCAGGAGAGGCAGCAGCAGGUGGAGGUGGAGCGGCAGAAGGAGGUGGAAAAACAGAAAGAGAGAGAGAAAGAAGAACGACAAGCAGCGGCAGCAGCACAUGAAGAACAGGUGCAAAAGGAUAGGGAGGUUCGGAAACAGGUCCGACGCGCUCAAGAGGAACGUGAGCGUGAACGACAGGCGCAGGAGGAGAAGGUGAGGGAGGAGCAAGAGCGUUUGCAGCAUGAAGAGCAAGAACAUCAACAGCGUGAGGCACAAGAACAACUAGAGCGUCAACAACGUCAGGAGCAGGAACAAAGAGACCGUGAGGGUCGAGAGCGUCAACAGCGUGAGGCACAAGAACAACUAGAGCGUCAACAACGUCAGGAGCAGGAACAAAGAGACCGUGAGGAUCGAGAGCGUCAACAGCGUGAGGCACAAGAACAACAAGAACGCCAACAACGUGAAGAGCAAAAUCAAAGAAACCGUGAGGCUCGAAAGCUUCAACAGCGUGAAGAGCAAGAACGUCAACAGCGCGAGAAACAGCUUCGGCGAGACCGUGAAGCUCAGGAGCUUCAUCAACAACAACAACUGCUGCAGCAGGAACGCGAACAACUCGAACGUCAGGCAGCUGAGAAAACCGCCGCUGCGAUGCAGAAGGAGAAGAAAGAAGAAGAGGCCAGGAAGGAAAAGAUGACGCGACAGAUGUUGGAGGAGCAGGUCCGCAUUCUUCAGGCACAGGUCGACAGUCACCACGCGCGGUCAUUAGGUAUGGCGGCUCAGCAACAACAGCUCCAACAACAGCAACAGCAACAUCCAGCAUAA